GGGAAGCGAGAGGCUCGCAGCCGGCCUGGGGUCAGCUCGGUGGAGAGCGGUCACUUGACUCCGGAUGGUCCUGCGCGGUGGAGAAGGCCUGGAGAUGGGCAAGGGGAGGCUGGCGCAGAGCCAAGGUCACCAGGCCCUGAGCCCGGGCGGGCAAGUGCUCUAGAAAACGUGUUCUGGUUGGUCCUGGGGCCCUUCAUGAGCCCUCCUCCCACCCCUGCCGAAGAUGUGAAGAACGCCAAGGAGCCACAAGGGAAGAAGGCGGCUGAGGGUUGGAGGAUCCCGAUGCUGAUUGGUUUUCUACCUCUGACGUCACAGACAUGGGGCCCCAGAAGCCACUUCUCGGCAAGCAUGGAAGAUCCCAGGAGGGGGCAGGACAGGGGUGCUGAGCCAUCCGCCCCAGGAGAGAAUAGGCCCCCAAAAUGGAGGGUUUUUAUUAUUAUUACCAGAAGGUUUAAUUCACGGCACGGACCUUGGCCAAGCUGCUUUCCUGCCCCGGGAAUUUCCUGAUCUAUAAAACAGACUGGCCCUGGCUGCUUCCUGUCCCCUCCGAGAAGAUGCUUCCCAAGGUGGCCAUCGGCAGCCUGCUCCUCCUCAGUGUGCUCUGGAUUGAUGUGGCCUGGGCGGGCUCCAGUUUCCUGAGCCCUGAGCACCCCAAGACCCAGCGGAAGGAAUCCAAAAAGCCGUCUGCCAAACUUCAGCCCCGAGACAUGGAAGACCCUUUCAGCCAGCCCGGAGGAGUGGAGAAGGGUUUGGAAAUCCAGUUCAACGCUCCCUUUGACAUUGGAAUUAAAGUGGCAGAGGCUCAGUAUCGUCAGUAUGGUCAUGCCCUGGAAAAGGUACUACAGGAGAUCCUUUUGGAAGAGAACCAAGGAAAUACAGGAGAAAACUGACAUGGGAGAGAGAGAGAGAGAGAAAGAUGAGCCCACACAUUUUUCUAACCAACAUGCAUCAUUCCUAGUUUUGCAUUCAUAUUUGCUUCCCUGACAACUUCCUCUAUCUGUGUAUUAACUAUAUGCUGGGGAGAGAAAUAAAAUUCCCAUUGUAGUCCAAGACCUAAAAAA